CCCCUUUCCCAAUUAUCCCAGCUGCUGGUUCGUCUUCUCUUCUCUGAAGCUCCUGCCGUACACAAGCACACAAAGCUCCACAUGCAGGUUCAUCACCCCCUUGAAUUGUAAUAGUACUCUUAGAUCUCGAUUAUUCUUGUUGAGAUGUGUGGUAGGCAUAUAGAACAAGCUAAGACUUCAUUUCUUGCCAUUCCUUCAAGCUCCAGAUCAUUUCUAGCUAGAUACAAAUCGUCUACAGUUCCAUAGAUCUCUGCUCCUUCACACUGAAAUAUUCCUUGUACUUGAUGGUCUUCUCCAUUCUCCUUGGUUCCUCUCCCUUUGAUUCCCAAAGUUCUAAUGGCAUAGGGAACCACGUGUAGGGGUGUAGCUCCAAGCAAGUGCACAGCCCUCUAUAUAUGCUUAGUACAAGCACCAAAUCCGCACCUCAAACUGCUCAACGUGUACUAGCUCUGCCUCCUUGCGCUUUUCUAAUCGCCGCCGCUGCCUCGCUGGUUUGUUGCCUUCCACCUCGCCACCUGCCCCGGCCCCCUACAUGAUGCAGUUCACGCAUACGGCGCCUCCACCACCGCCUCUGCACCCUAACGGCCAUGGAGGACUAGGGCUAGGGCUGUUCCUUGACGUCGGCGCGCCGAGGGCACGGCCGUGGCCGGGGAGCUUCCCGACGCCGGCGUCCAAGAUCUCGCUCGGCAACCUCAACAGCACCAGCUGCAUGGAGCAGCUGCUGGUGCACUGCGCCAACGCCAUCGAGGCCAACGACGCCACACUCACGCAGCAGAUCCUGUGGGUGCUCAACAACAUCGCGCCGCCGGAUGGGGACUCCAACCAGCGGCUCACGGCCGCGUUCCUCUGCGCGCUCGUCGCGCGCGCGUCCAGGACGGGCGCGUGCAAGGCGGUCACCGCGGCCGUGGCGGCCGCGGUCGAGUCGGCCGCGCUGCACGUGCACCGGUUCACGGCCGUCGAGCUCGCCAGCUUCGUCGACCUCACGCCGUGGCACCGGUUCGGGUACACGGCCGCCAACGCCGCCAUCCUCGAGGCCGUCGAGGGCUUCCCCGUCGUGCACGUCGUCGAGCUUGGCACGACGCACUGCAUGCAGAUCCCGACGCUCAUCGACAUGCUCGCCAGCCGCGCCGAGGGUCCCCCGAUCCUCCGGCUCACGGUCGCCGACGUCGCGCCCAACGCGCCGCCGCCAGCCCUCGACAUGUCCUACGACGAGCUCGGCGCGAAACUGCUCAAUUUCGCGCGAUCGCGCAACAUGUCCAUGGACUUCCGGGUGGUGACCACCUCGCCGGCCGACGCGUUCACGUCCCUGGUCGACCAGCUCCGGGUGCAGCAGCUGGUCUUGGACGGGACCGAGGCGCUCGUCGUGAACUGCCAAAUGCUGCUGCACACCGUCCCGGACGAGACGGCGGGGUCCGUCAGCCUGGCGCAGCCGGUGUCGCUCCGGACCAUGCUCCUCAAGUCCCUCCGGACCCUCGACCCCAACCUGGUCGUGGUGGUGGAGGAGGACGCCGACUUCACGGCGGGCGACGUGGUGGGGAGGCUGCGCGCGGCGUUCAACUUCCUGUGGAUCCCGUACGACGCCGUGGACACGUUCCUGCCCAAGGGGAGCGAGCAGCGGCGGUGGUACGAGGCGGAGAUCGGGUGGAAGGUGGAGAACGUGCUAGCGCAGGAGGGCGUGGACCGGCUGGAGCGGCAGGAGGACAGGGCCAGGUGGGACCAAAGAAUGCGCAGCGCGGGGUUCCGUGCCGUGGCGUUCGGCGAGGAGGCUGCCGGGGAGGUGAAGGCGAUGCUGAACGAGCACGCAGCGGGGUGGGGGAUGAAGCGGGAGGACGACGACCUGGUGCUCACAUGGAAAGGGCACAACGUCGUGUUCGCGUCGGCGUGGGCGUCGUCGUGAGUUUAUCGGGUGUGGCAUAUCAAGUUCAGAAGCUAAGGUGAGUAGGCAUGUAAGUGAGCUUGCAUGGAUAUGGGAUUUAGGGUUCGUGUGUUGUGCAUGAUAUGAACGAAAGAUCUUGUUAAAAUGGGUUUAAUUACUAGCUGAUUGAUUACUUACUAGUUGAUUGACCAGUUUGAUCACUGCAAUUACAAUAUCUCUCUCUCUCUCUCUCUCUCUCUCAUACUCACUCAGUCUCACUCUCGUAUCUAUCAUCUCUCUCCCUAACAUUGAUAUCAUCUGUACUUCUUGUUUAGGGCAUUUCUAUAUGUGUGCCAUAUCUAGUGAAAAAUGAACUAUGAAUUGAAAACU